GUAUGCAGAAGGAAUACAGUUUGUGAAAGAUGGCUGCUUCGGUGAAAUUUGGACAACUCCCGACUAAGUUAUUAAAGAGAAAUUCUAUUAUUAUUCAUAUUAAUCGAUGUUCCAGUAUGUUUUCGAAAUCGACAUUAGAAUUAGUAGAAACCUGUUAUGAUGAGUUAAAACCUAUUGGAAUGAGAAAAUGGUUGCCAGGUCUUUACCCAAAGACAGAAGAAGAAAGGAUAAAAGCUGCAGAGAAAUAUGGUCUGCAUCCAAAUGAGUAUAAACCAGAACCUAACGAUCACUUAACUAUAGGAGAUUAUCCACAAUUACCACUGAUAUCGGUUGAAGGUAAAGAUCCCUAUUAUCCUUGGGAUAUGCCUGAUAUAAGGAAGAAUUAUCAUGAGCCUAUACAUAAACAAUUCGACUUGCUAACAGAAGAUCGCUUUGCGUACGGCGUGCCCACUGCACAAAAUUAUUAUAAAUCUGCAGUUCUUUGUGUAAUUAUAUUUGGUAGUUAUUUAUUGUUUUUUUCAGUAAUCCCACCAAAUACUAAACCAAAUUUGGCAGUGAAGCAGUAUCCGUAUGAUGGAAAAAAACAUUAUACCUUUGAACCAGCAUAAUAGAGCUGCAACUACAACAUAUAUAGUAAAAAUUUGUCUAAUGAGGAAUAUAAAUAUUAUAAUGAAUAAAUAAAUAAACGAAUAAUUCCACAGUUA